AGAACAAGUGCUGCAAUUUUUAAGGCACUGAAUAAUUCUGACAAAGAAAAUGAAGAGUUGAAAAAAAAGGUUAAAGAAUAUGAAAAGAAAAAGCUAAUGCAUAGUUUUGUGGACCGCAUUUUUGGUGGAGAAUUAACAAGUACAAUCAUGUGUGAAGAGUGCCAAACAAACCAACGCCAUCAGCAGAAAUUUCAGGAGAAAGUUAUUCAUCUAACAGAGAGUGAUGUCACUGAAAAAACUGGAGCUGAUCAUGAUUGCAAUAAACAAAGAAUAGAAAGUAACUGUGACAUAAAGUGUCUGAAACCAGGAGAGGAAGAGUCGUUAAACACAUGCAAAGAGCAUUGUGUGGAUAAAAAAUGUGUAGAUGAGCAAGAAAGUACAAUUCAAGUACAGUUCGCAGAAAAACAUAAUGGAAAUGCAGACAGUUGCGAUCAAGAGGCAAAUAAUGAAGUUAAUUUGGAUGUUUCUAUAAAAGACUUUGUUCCCACUACAGAGUGUGUCAAUAAUUUUGAGGAUUUGCAUCUCAAGGAAGAUAAGGAUGAGGAAUAUGAGGAUAUUAUCAGUGACUUCAGCAAAUUAUUCCUGGAGGAGGAAGAGCCGAGUGAUGAUACAGAUAGUUUGCUUGAGUUUUAUGAUUUUGAAAUGCAAACAUAUGAAGUAGUAAAUGAAGAUCCAGAAACAGCAUUUUGUACUCUUAGAGACAGGGAUACUAUGAACAUAGAAGAAAAUUCAAUUCUUCAUUGCUUGAAUCAGUUUACUCAUACUGAGAAACUUUGUGAGAACAACAAAUUGCUUUGUGAAGUGUGCACACGGAAUCAACUCUGUGGAAUCAAGACUAAUAAAAUAAAUGCCAAGAAAUAUGUAUACACUAAUGCCAAAAAACAAAUGCUUAUUUCUCACGCUCCUCCAAUUUUAACCCUUCAUUUAAAAAGAUUUCAACAGGCUGGAUAUAAUCUCCAAAAAGUAAACAAACACAUAACAUUCCCUGAAGUUAUGGAUUUGGCUCCUUUCUGCUCAAUUAAGUGCAAGAAUGUAAGAGAGGGAACUUCAGAAGUAUUGUACUCAUUAUAUGGUAUUGUGGAACAUAGUGGCACUAUGAGAUCUGGUCAUUAUACUGCUUAUGUGAAGACAAGUACCACCAGCCAACUUUCUGAUCUUGUCCAUGACAAAAUUCAACAGACUUCAGAGUCCGAGUCACCCAGAAGUCAGUGGUUUCAUGUAAGUGACACUCAUGUGCAAGCAGUGUCCAUAUCCAAGGUCCUGAAGUCACAGGCGUAUCUUCUCUUCUAUGAAAGAAUAUUAUAAACUGGAAAAAUUCCAACCUAGGAAAGCUUCACCAAACUUUAUCAUGUUGUUUACUUUCUUUAAAUCUUAAAUCUGAAUUUAAAUGUAACUUUUUCUUUUAAAUAAACACAAAUAUAUGUAUAUAUAUAAACAUAAUUUUGUUUGGUAAAUAUCUGAUGCACUGAAUUUCUAUGAUAGAGGGCAUGUUUGUUGAUCCAU